AUGGCCUCGUUCGACUUGAACCAACCGGCAGCAGAAUGCUCGGAAGAAUUUCCGAUUCUCAGUACGACUCCUGAAGACUUCCCAGGAAAACGAAAAAUGGACCCGGUACAACUUCUGAGCCUCAGCCCGCCGAACAGCCGUCUUCGUCUACCGCAUUGCGUCGCGGAAAACGUGCCUUCAGGAUCAGAUUCCCUCAACCUUAGACUGAAAGCGCAAGUCGAAUCCGAACCGAGUGAUUCGGGGGUUAAACGUUCAACCUUCGUGGAUAAUUUGGCGUUCAGACAAGCAAUAAGCCAACCAAACACUAGUGAAAACAAUCAUGAACCCCCUACUGCGCAGAAGAAACCGGAAAAACCCACCCCUUACGUUUAUUUUUUAUCAAAUGAACACGUAGUAGAGGAACUGCUCAGCGAAUACAGCAAAAGAUUCGAAGAUGAGGUCACCCAAAUUCCGGGUUUCAGGCCCGGGGAGAAACAUGAAUACUUGCCAUUAGCACGGGCUACUAGCAGAGACGGGAGCGGAAUACCAGUCUUGAAGGUGCUUCAAAGAGAAACUUUAAAUCGCGUCAAGAUGCCAACACUCGACCACAGGAUACAGCAGAAGAAAUUAUUAGACUGGUUGUUUAAGCAAAUCUUUGAACCUGACCAUGGCUCUGCAGUAAUGGGAGUCGACCAUGUGCCAUAUUUGAACUUGGGUUUGAAUGAUCCCGAGAUGAAAAUUGGCGCUAUUCAAGAAAAAUUGAUCAACUACUUCUCCACACCAAGCUGCGAAGCUAAUCAUGAUUAUGUAGGUCAGAUUGCUACCGAUCUGAUCAAGAGUUAUGAAGAUCAAAAUCCGAGUGAGUAA